AACUAUACCCAUUUGGCUGAUUCAUCAACAAGUCGCUCGGAGCACGACCGAACACUUCUAUACAAUCCACUGCGCAAUGGCAGAGAGUCCUGUCUGCCUUUGCCACCCGUCAACCAAGCAUCCCGGUCUUCUCUAUCACACAGCGGCCAAGUAAUUUGGCUUCCUGUGCUAUCGCAUGAAAGGAUCCCUGAACAUGUAAGAUAUCCAGUCAAAUGUGCAUUAUGUAGCGGAGUUUAUGAACGAUAUUAUAUGCCGGCUCACGAGCGCACUCACACCGGCGAGCAGCCUUUCCAGUGUCCGAUCUGUCCUAGACGUUUCUCAAUGAAAGGUGGCAUGAAAAAACAUGUGGUAAAAGUGCAUAAGAUCACGAAUCCAUACCAGCUGGAAAUUCUGAUCGAGCAAGCCAUUAUGGAAUUCCAGCAUCCAUAA